AUGGCAACUGCAGCAAUCGAUCCAUUAUUACCAUGGGUAGAGAAAUAUAGACCAAUUGAGAUUAAAGAUAUUGUCGGUAAUGAAGAAACUGUUAGCAGAUUAGAAAGUAUUUCAAAAGAUGGUAAUUUACCAAAUAUUAUUAUUAGUGGACCACCAGGAACUGGUAAAACAACAUCAAUUUUAUGUUUAGCGAGAGCAUUAUUGGGACCAAACUAUAAAGAAGCAGUAUAUGAAUUAAAUGCAUCAGACGAUAGAACUUUAGAUGUAGUCAGAGAUAAAAUCAAAUCAUUUGCACAAAAGAAGGUUACAUUACCACCAGGUAGACAUAAGAUUAUUAUUCUUGAUGAAGUCGAUAGUAUGACAUCUGGUGCACAACAAGCCCUUAGACGUAUUAUGGAAUUAUACAGUUCAACAACACGUUUUGCAUUCGCAUGUAAUCAAUCAACCAAAAUUAUUGAACCAAUUCAAUCAAGAUGUGCAGUAUUACGUUUCACCAAAUUAAACAAUCUUCAAAUUGCUGCACGUUUAAAAGAAGUUAUGACUAUUGAAAAAGUACCAUUCACCGACGAUGGUUUAGAAGCCUUAAUAUUCACCUCUGAGGGUGAUAUGCGUCAAGCUUUAAAUAAUCUCCAAGCCACUUUCUCUGGUUUAGGUUUAGUCAAUGCUGAAAAUGUAAAUAGAGUAUGUGAUCAGCCACAUCCAAAAAUUAUUAGAGCCAUCAUCGAACAAUGUUCAAAAUCAAAUGUUAAUGUAGCCUACAAACACUUAAAAACACUUUGGGACGAAGGUUUCUCCUCUAUCGAUAUCAUCUCUGCCUUAUUUAGUUUAACAAAAGCCUCCACAAUUUUACCCGAAUAUCAAAAAUUAGAAUUCUUAAAAGAAAUUGGUUUUUGUAAUCUUAGAGCUUCAACUGGUCACUGGGACAUGAGAGUCCGUACCUGGUUCAACCAACCAGCUCGUAAGAUCAGAAGAAGAAAUAACAGAAUCGAAAAAGCUGCUAAAGUCUUCCCAAGACCAAUUUCAACCUUAAAACCAGUUGUUCGUGGUUCAUCCAUCAGAUACAACAUGAAAGUUAGAGCUGGUCGUGGUUUCACCUUAGAAGAAUUAAAGGCUGCUGGUUUAACUGCUCAAUAUGCCAAAACUAUUGGUAUUGCCGUUGAUUUCCGUCGUGUCAACAAAUCACAACAAUCAUUAACCUUAAACGCCCAACGUCUCAAGAAUUACCAAUCUAAACUCGUUCUCUUCCCAAAGAAAGUUUCAGCUCCAAAGAAAGGUGAAGCUACCAAAGAAGAAGUUGCCAAAGCUGUCCAAACCCUCAAUGUUUCCCCAGUCAAAGCUGGUAUCAAAGUUUCAUCAGAAGCCCCACGUAAAGUUACUGAGGAAGAAAAGAAAUUCAACGCUUACGCUUCACUCAAAUUCGCUGACGCCAAAGUCAAGAACUCAGGUAUCAGAAGAAAGGCCGCUGAAAAGAAAGCUCAAGCUGCCUCUGAAAAAUAA